UACCGAGAGCGAAUCCGCAAUUAAUUUUGCUCUCGCGGUGACGGUUUCCUUCAUGUCACGAACGAGUCGCGUUUCUCGUGUGAUCACGCGAUAGGAAGAUAUUGUGCAACGUAUCGCAAUCUAUAUCUAACAUCCGUAAUCUCAGUGGAAAAGCAAUAACUGUUGAGAGAAGAUGCGCGUAGCCGUCGUAGGCGCUGGUGUAAUAGGAGUAACGAGCGCGUUUGCGGUGAAAAGCGCUUUUCCGAGUUACGAUGUGAAGAUCUUCGCCGACGCAUUCUCACCUGAUACCACCGGCGAUGGAAGUGCCGGUCUAUGGGGUCCUUAUCUCCUCACCGACACACCUGCGGAGGACAUAAUCCGAUGGGCUGGCAGCACACAUCGGUGGUUCGAGCAAUUAUGGAAAGCCGGAUUAUCGUCGGAAACGGGUGUUUCCCUGGUGCCUGUAACUCGUGUCACUAGCGAAUGCGAGGAGGACACUGAGGUCACUGAGCCAGCAUGGGGAAAACUGGUCUAUGGCCUCCAAAAAAUAAGUAACGAAAGAUUACAACGCUUGAAGGAAGAGCACAAAUCUAAUUACAAACAAGGUUGGCAGUUUAUAACUUAUACCGCCGAACCGGUUCUGCUGUUGCCGUGGCUCAUGGAAAAGUUUGUUGCUUUGGGCGGAAAAAUGGAAAGGAGGAAUAUUAAAAUGUUGCACCAGUUAGCUGAAGAAGGGUAUGAUUUAAUAAUAAACUGCAGCGGGCUCGGUGCACGGGAACUCGUCGCGGAUAAAACGAUGACAUCUAUCAGAGGUCAGGUGUACAGGGUAAAAGCACCUUGGGCAAUGCACUGUAUUUUGGUGGACGAUGACGCCUGCAAUUACAUCAUCCCUAACGUCAACAGCAUCGUAAUAGGCGGCACGCAUCAAGAAGGCGACUUUGAUCGCUUCGUGCGAGAGGAAGAUUCGAAACACAUUUACGACGGAUGCUGCCGUUUGAUGCCGUCUCUGAAGGGGAGUGAAAUAAUACGCGCGUGGGUGGGCCUUCGACCGGGAAGACCGCGAGUCCGUCUGGAGCGCGAGAGCCUCAGCUCGCCCAUGGGAAAAGAGUUCAAGGUGAUACACAAUUACGGCCACGGCGGAAGUGGCGUGACGCUGUGCUGGGGGUGCGCAAUGGACGUCGUGGAGAUGAUAAGAAACUUGAAAGUGCCCGAAUUAAACUCCAAACUGUAACUUCAGGGGCAGAAUAAACUUUUUAUCCUUCGUACACAUUUUUACCCGCAACGGGGUCGCGGGGCGUUUAACCUUGCUCGACCUUUUUCCCUUUACACGAAGGAUUGUCGUCGUUAAAA